AUGGAGCCAGGAUCCCGCAAAAGACCGAUCUCAGUAGACGGCGACGUCUCGCCGCCACCGAGCAAGAGGAAGCUCGCUACAACCACGACCAACAAAGCCGUGUCCAACUUCUUCAAACCAGCAUCAGAGAAGGAACCCGAGAAAGUGCGCAUUGAGAUUCGGCACGAGACGCUGCUCACAGCACAGUAUGACAGUGCGCAAAGCAAGUCCCGCCCAAAGCCAGUCAAGAUCGCAGCAUUCGACUUCGACGACACCCUCAUCGCCACCAAAUCUGGCCUCAAAUUCGCCCGUACAGAAGAUGACUGGAAGUGGUGGCAUGCUUCCGUACCCGCACGGCUCAAACAGCUGGAUGCCGAAGGCUACACGAUCGUCAUCAUCAGCAACCAAGCUGCCGUGAGUCUUCGUGCAGAUCCAAAGACCCCGAACGGGAUGCGAAGUUUCAACAACAUCAAAGGCAAAGUAUCGGCGGUAUUCAAGGCGCUGGAUCUGGGGAUCAGCUUCUACGCCGCCACUGCACACGACAUCUACCGGAAGCCAAGGUCAGACAUGUGGGAGCAGUUGCUGAAGGACUACGGACUCUCGGAUGCCGGAGAUGUCGAUCAUGAGGGCAGUCUCUUCGUCGGAGAUGCCGCAGGUCGAGCUGGAGAUAAGGCGGCCGGUGUGAAGAAGGAUCAUUCAUGCUCUGACCGAGACUUUGCGGCGAACGUGGGUAUCAGAUUCCAAACGCCGGAGGAGUUCUUCCUGGGUGAGGACACGAAGCCGUUCACGAGGAUAUUCGAUCCCGCAGCACACCUGAGCUCUGGACUGGCUGCUCAAACGGAGACCACACCAGUUCUGUUCACCAAGAAGAACAAGCUCGACCUCGUCCUCUUCUGCGGCAGUCCAGGAGCUGGCAAGUCUACGUUCUAUUGGCAGCACAUGGAGCCGCUCGGGUAUGAGAGGGUGAACCAAGACACGCUAAAGACGAGAGAUAAGUGCAAGAAGGCUGCCACUCAGUUCCUGCAGGAUGGGAAGGGUGUGGUUGUCGACAACACGAACGCGGACGUCGAGACACGGCAGGAUUGGAUUGCGUUAGCGAAGAAGUUGAAGGUGCCGGUACGGCUGGUACAUUUCACGGCGAGUGCGAAGUUAUGUGAGCACAAUGAUACUGUGCGGGCAUUGACAGGAACUCUGGUGAGUCUGCGGUUGAGUUUGCUACAGCAGCUCAACGACUCAGUGGGAGACGUCGACGUGUUCAUACUGACAAGUCCACAGAUGAAUCCGGAGAAGCGAACGAUGCUGCCGAAAAUGGCAUUUACUGGAUUCGCCUCUCGCUACCGAGAACCGACGGCAGGAGAGGGAUUCCAGGAUGUCACCAAGGUGGAUUUCGAGUUCCGGGGGACGGAAGAGCAGAGGAAGGAGUGGUCGAAAUAUUGGAUCUCGUAG